ACUUUUCUGAUAAAAGAAAAAACAAAUCUUAAAUUGCGAAGGCAUCUCACGAAAUCGAGUCAGACAAUGGCACACUGUAAUUUAGAGUUAGAUAAAUGUCAGCUGAAGUGAUAUCGCACGCGUUUUGCCUCGGUUGCUUUAUUUGUAAACAAUAUGCAUUUUUUAAAACCAGUUUUAAUGUUAUAGUUAUACAUAUACGAUAUGAAACACGUAUCAAUAAGAUUUCGCUGUUAUUUAUUUUAUUUCUUUUCAGCCAAAUUCUGGCCGAGGUGAUAUUUUUUCGCAAUAAAUUUAGAAUAAAAUAUUUGGACACUAAGACCCUGUCACGGCUUUUAGUCCCUUUAUCCCUUCAAAUUUGCGUUUAUCGCAUUCGAGCCAUACGAAUUUUAUUAAUUUGCUUAUUUAUUAUAUUUAUUUUAGUAUGCAGUUAUAAAUGACGAUGUCAGAGUUUAAAAGGGUGUAUUCUUUUUAUAUAGACAGAGUAAUCGCAACGGAAGAUAUGUGGACCCCGUACAAGGAAUUACAAAGCCUCGUUGAGAAGUGUCGUGUCAGAGAUGUGAUAUCGGUCCCCGAUACUCAAGAUCCCCAGUAUCAUGAGCUCACGGAGGCUUUGCGGAAUCACAGACAGAGUUUUCUCACGAUAUUAGAGAAUCCACCAAAGAAUGCCCAGAGCCGAGAAGAAAUUAAGAAAGGAGUCACGGAUGGUAUCAUCCUACCUGGCUUGGGUCACCAAAUGUUAUCGAAGGAGCUAGUGGACGAGACGCUCAUUAUAUCGGACAUGUAUGAUUUGAACGAGUUCAUGGCGCUGGAUCUCCUCUGUACCGCUCAGCUUCAAAUGCCGCAUCAUCCUGGUUUAACCCGCAGGCUAACCGCUGUUCUUCUGUAUUACGAUGGAAGGAAAGCGCUGACAUCAGUAUUAAAAACCUUAGCGCACACUCGAAUUCGUUACAACUGGGCGGUGGAUGCACCGGCUCUUACAAGACACAUUACUGACUAUACAAAUAAAUUGCAAGAGGAUGGUCUGUUAAAUAGGAUUUUAUCCUUGCUGGAGGAAAUGGAUCCCACUAAGGAACAAGACUUUCUGCAACAAAAUAGGGCAUUAGGCGGAGCGAAGCAUCAUCAGAUGAUGGUCAUGAAACUAUACAAUGACACGCGACAAGAUCUGGCUGAUAUUUUGUACUUAUGGUCCGUGCAAUCACCUCUUCCGGAUAUAAUUCUGUACCGUUUGUUCUUUAUAUCGCAAACGCGUCGAGCAGAUUCGUCAUGGCCGCAUAAGCUCCGGGAGAGGGAGCUGGGAGCCACAACUAGAAGAAGAAGAAGAAGAAGAAGAGUAGAAUCCGAGGCUGGCGAAGAGGGACCUGACAACAAAGUUACAUUUGCGCUCAAUAUGGCCGUUUUGAGUACCUUCAAUUAUACUUUCAUCCAUAGUCGCGAAAACGGCGAAG